AUGAAUCCCCCAAUAACCCAACCGGGCGGUCAAAUGUCUCAUCGAUACGUGGACUUGGCAGGGUUACGCAGGGGGGUCCAUGCGAUAAUCCGGUUUGGAGGCUGGAUCAAUAUAAAAAUCUCAAUGCCGAAGCAAACGCUCCUUACCUCUACCCAAUCUUUUGCCACCUCCUCCCUUCAACCACGUUUCAAUUUCCGAAAAAUGUCCUCCAACGCGGCUACCUCUUCCUUCGGACAGACCCUACAAUUCAUCACAGAGAUCAAGCUCGAAGAACUCGAAAAACAGAGGCUUGCUUACCAGACGCAUGCGAAGGUCCUCGAUGAGGUCAAGACCCUAGGCGAUCAAGACCUCCUCAAGAAAGUUGAGAUCCUCUCCAAAACCAUCAAGUCUUGGACCGGAUCUGGCGGUGUCAAAGACUCAAAGAUCGUCGGCGGCAGGAUCCAGCUUAGCACGCUCGAGUUCUGGCUGCAGCAGGCGAAGAAGGACCCGAGCUUCAGUAGCGAAAUCGCCCAGGGGUGGGUCAACACGCUCGAAGACCACAUUCGGCACAAUCUCAUGCGCUUCGACUCCGCCAAGCUGUUCGGCAGGCUCUUCAACGAGUGGCUGGCUAGUGGUGAUUCAAGUGCUGUCGCCUAUCAGCCUGGAGGCGAGGACGGGGAGGUAGAUGGUUCAUCUCAGUCAAGCUUCGAUGUCGCCGAUGUUGGCAGGAAGGAGAUGCACGAACAGAAGGAGAAGCUGGUUUCCAUCAUCUUCGAGGACCAUCCCGUCGACGUUGAGGAGCUCAAGCGCUAUCUCGAGGGGCUCUUCAAGGGCGAGGAGGCGGCUAGGAGCCUCGAAAAGUUGCGCAAGGAACUCAAGGACUUUGGCUACUGGUUCAAACGCAAGGAGAUCACAAAGGUCGACGUCACGAAUGCCAUCAAAGGUCUUCAUGCCUCUGGUCUCAUGGACGAAGAGAAGAGGACGACACUCAAGGCGUUCGAAGAAAACCCUACCGUCCUGGAUGAAGUCACCAGCGUCCUGAACAUGAGAAUGGCGAACAUCAAAACAUGGGCUUGGCCUAAGGAGGGGAUCUUGGUAGAAUUCCGUCGUCAUCUGAACGGCAAGUACAGGGCAUUCACUGAUCCUGAAAUCAUCGACGCCUUGCUCCUCCAUCACAUCGGUGUAGCCUGGCAAGUUAAAAUUAAGACUGCUCUUCGUCGCAUUUUCGAUAGCAAGACUUGGGUCCGCCCAGAUCCAGCAACACACUUGGUCAAGGAACGUAGGACGGAGCAGCUUCGUGGCGACGACGGCUCUAACUCUAUUCAAGCGGAGAGAGACAACACCCGUCGCGCCAACUUCUUCCUGAGCCAGCUGCAUGACGAAGCCGCUCGUCCGUCGGCCUACGACGACCUCGUUGAUGCGCCAGAGACAGAGGAGGCUACAUCCCCUGCUGCAAUCAAACGCAAGCUGCUGCACAUCAUGACCACAGAAUGCUAUCUCAACACCGCUUUGCAUGGCACUCAUACGACGUUACGCUCCGAUCUCGAAUGGUUUGGCCCAUCACUGCCAAUAACGUCGAUUCUCACCGUUCUCGAGUUCAUGGGCAUGUCGAAGACAUGGUUGGCGUUCUACAAGUCAUUCCUCGCGGCACCGCUGCGUUUCCCAGGAGAGACUGUGCCCCGGGUCCGGAAACGUGGUACUCCAAUCAGCUACUCAUUGAGCGUUGUCUGCGGCGAAGCGAUACUCUUCAUGAUGGACUUUGCGGUCAACCAACGUGGGCAUGGUCUAUACCUCUACCGGAUGCACGAUGAUCUAUGGCUCUGGGAUGCACAGGCAAGAACGGUCGCGGAUGCAUGGGCGGAGAUGAACCGGUAUGCAGGACUCGUAGGCCUCAAGUUCAACGAGAAAAAGACCGGUUCUGCCACCAUCGGCGGUACCAGCGAGGACGCUGCCCGGCUACCCUCCGGUGACGUCCGGUGGGGUUUCCUCCAGUUCGAUGUCGGCCGUUCGCGCUUCGUCAUCGACCAAAAAGACGUCGACCAGCACAUCGUCGAGAUGCGCCGACAGCUUGCGAGCACCAAGUCGGUCUUUGGGUGGGUCAAUGCAUACAACAAGUACAUGACCUUCUUCUAUCGAAACUUUGGUGGGCUGCCUGCCAACUGCUUUACCAAGGAUCACGUCAUAGACAUGAUCGAUACCAUGGGCCGCAUUCAGCGCGAGCUGUUCCCAGACGACGGCAGCGGCGGGGCAGUGGGCCACUUGAGGAAAACGGUGGCUGAACGGUUUGGAACGACUGACCUUCCCGAGGGAUACUUCUACUUCCCGAUUUCCAGCGGUGGGCUCGAGCUGCGUAACACCCUCCUUGAGCUCUUUGCCCUUGAGAGGAGAGACAAGCCGCUGACACUGGUCGACGACGGCGUUGAGGAGGCCAGAAUUAACCAGGACGAGGAGGAGGAAGAGGAGAAAUCCGGCUCAAUGAUCACAUCGGAGAGCGACGACGAAGACGAGAGCGAGCCCGAUGAGGACUGGAGUGAUGACGAUGAUGACGAAUACUUCGCCGAGGAGAAAACCCUUGCGGACAAGAAGUUUCCUAGGCGCAUUGCGACUGACCGCCGUGUGUACAACUCGAUGCAAGACGUAUGGGACAUCGACGCAGAUAGCCGUCGUACGCAGACCAACCACCCGAUUACUGCUGAGUCAGAUGCUUUCAUGUCCUUCGAGGAAUUCACUGCCCUACGCGAGUCCUGGCUCUUGAGCUGGGGCGACUCCUAUCGUAACAUGCUGCAGUCGGCCGAGGUUCGCGACGUCGACCUCGUCCCCAAAGUCCGUGAACUGACUGAGCAAGGUGUCGGGUCGAGAAGGUGGGCCCUUAUGGAUUCAUAUGAGAAGUGGGUCGUCAGCAUGUAUGGCGAGGAAGUGGUGAACAAGUACGGUAGUCUCGAGGUGGUAGACCCCAAGCUGAUCCCGAUCGGGAUGGUCCAAUUGUUCAAGACCUCGAGGAUGAAGCUGGAUCAGUGA